AUCGAUGCCAGGAAGCAUGACGCAAUCCCCGAACGAUGCGAGGCGCGCGCUGGUUCGGUUCGGGAGGAGGGCUGCCUGACGUCACUGCGGCCGAAAGGGGAAGUGGAAUGAGUGGGAGCUCGAGCGCUUGCUUGGCUGCCGGUUGUCAAACGUGCGUUUAUUGCCCCUGCGCUGCGGAGCGCUCAGCAGGAUGGGUUUCUGCUUUAAAUUGUGAUUUACAACUUACAGCUUGAGCUGGGAGCGCAUAUUUUGUUUGGGGGGGGGGGAAAUCUCUUUUUUUUAUACAUACUCUCUUCAAUUAAUUAUUUCCAUCAUCUGGCUGACAUCCUCCUCCUCCUCAAAGGGGCGAGCAGACUCUGCACCAUGUCAGAAGUCAGGCCGCACUUUUACAGGCAGGAGUUGAAUAAGACAAUCUGGGAAGUGCCGGAGAGAUAUCAAAACCUCUCGCCUGUAGGAUCCGGCGCUUACGGCUCCGUCUGUGCUGCUUUUGACACACAAGCUGGUAUUCGAGUGGCAGUUAAAAAACUUUCCAGACCGUUUCAAUCUAUCAUUCAUGCGAAACGCACAUACAGAGAGCUUCGAUUAUUGAAACAUAUGAAACACGAAAAUGUGAUUGGCCUGUUGGAUGUUUUCACACCAGCAGUAACUUUGGAAGAAUUUACAGAUGUGUAUUUGGUAACACACCUAAUGGGAGCUGAUCUUAACAAUAUUGUUAAAUGUCAGAAACUCACAGAUGACCAUGUACAGUUCCUAAUAUACCAGAUAUUACGCGGCCUUAAGUAUAUCCAUUCUGCUGGAAUUAUACACAGAGAUUUGAAACCCAGUAAUCUUGCAGUGAAUGAAGAUUGUGAGCUAAAGAUUUUAGACUUUGGAUUGGCUCGUCAUACUGAUGAUGAAAUGACUGGAUAUGUAGCCACAAGAUGGUAUAGAGCACCAGAGAUCAUGCUAAAUUGGAUGCAUUACAAUCAAACAGUUGAUAUUUGGUCCGUUGGGUGCAUUAUGGCAGAGCUACUGACAGGAAAAACUUUAUUUCCAGGCACUGACCAUAUUGAUCAGUUGAAGCUAAUAAUGCAACUCGUCGGAACACCAGGGCCAGAACUUUUGAUGAAAAUAUCAUCUGAGUCUGCGAGAAACUACAUCCAGUCAUUACAGCAUAUGCCAAAACAGUCCUUUGCAGGCGUAUUCAUUGGAGCUAAUCCUCAAGCUGUUGACCUUUUGGAGAAAAUGCUUGUGCUGGACACAGAUAAGAGGAUCACAGCAGCAGAAGCUUUGGCUCAUUCUUACUUCUCUCAGUAUCAUGACCCAGAUGAUGAGCCGGAAGCAGAUCCUUAUGACCAGUCUUUUGAAAGCAGGGAGCUUGAAAUAGAAGAAUGGAAAAGACUAACCCAUGAAGAAGUAAUGAGCUUUGUGCCACCGGAGCUAGUCUCUGAGAGUAUGGAGUUGGAAUCAUGAAAACCUUUUACUCCCAUUUUGAGAUUUUUGUAUCGCAUCACUGUGAGGACUUAACCAGUUCGACUGAUGGUCCUUUCCAAUAUUAUCAAGUGCCUAUCAUGGUCUUGAUGGCAGAUUUUAUGGGUGAGGGCAAAAUGAAACUUUCAUAACAAUUAUUCUACAUCCCGCAUGUUUUGCUAAAUCCUGGACGAUUGCCAGCUUUUUGUAUAUUGCCAUUAUCAUCCACAGUGAACUGUUUGCUAACAAGAACUUUUGCAAGCACUCAUUUGAACUGGUAAACUUCUGUGUAUUUGUAUGCCUUAUUUUUAGAAAUGCAUACUAUUUUAAAUGUUUAAUUAUCUGUACAAAAGUCACCCACACCUAAAAAAAAACAUGCAAGCAGUAAUUGUUACUUUUAUAUAAAGUACAGAUGGGAUGUACAUUAAUUUAUAGAUGUAUUUGCUGUUUACAGCAUAAAAGAAGCAAUUGUUUUUAUUGUGAUUUCAAUUUUAAAACCUACUUGACUGUUCAGCAAUACUACUACUAACUAAGAGUGCAUGUUUUCACUGUUUAUAAGGGAUUUGGAAUGGGAAUGUUGUGGAACAAAUUCAAAGGUAUAGGUAAAUAUACAUAUUUGUAUUAAUAUACUUCACUCUUGUGCAAGGUUAGGUAGAUGUAUAUGAAAAAUAUUUUCAUAAUUACUCCAGUUGUUCUAUGUACCUCUAGAGUUCUUCAUUGUAAUUGUAUGUGACUUACAAAGUGUGAUAUUGUAGUGAGACCAUACAAUAAACUAUUCUGAAAUAAAUUCAAAUGCUUUUUCAAAA